GAGAGAGACCAGAAUUAUACACACAAAUUCCAAGCUCACAGUGACAACGGUUAUCUCAGAGAGGUGGAACUAAGGAGGGACAGGGUGCGAUUUCAUUUUUUAAAUUAAUUUUGGUAUUAUCUGAGGUUUUUUUUUAAAAAAAAAACCAUAGAGCAUGUAUUAAUUUUUAAAUGUUUUUAAAAUAAGCAUUUCCAAUAAUUAAUGGUCUUAUGUUUCAUCAGUGUUUUCAAUUUAGAACCUGUCUGGGCCCACACACGCAGGAAACUCUGGUUAUGCGAUUCACCGUUGAGACCAGACUGGAUGCCCAGGAAACUGGGGGCUGGCUCCAAGGUGAGGCACGCGCAGGAGGUAGGAAACGAGAGCCGGCAUCCUAGACCGGCCCGGAAGUGUCUGUGCGGUGGGACCGCGGACGCGCUGGCAUCCUUCCCGCUGAGCCAUUGUACCCGGGGCGCGCUCCUUCCAGCGCCGGGGCGGGAGCUCCCAUUCCUCCUCGCCUUUUCCGGGUCUCAGCUCCAGCUGGAGGGUGCCUUUAAAGCUGUUCAAGGUCAAGAUGAGUAGAGACUCCAAGGAGGUUUUACCCCCCGAUGUUCACACUUCUGAGGUUUGGGAAGAACUUCUGUCAGUGAAAGCAGAGGCAGAAAGUCACGUCCAAAUGCAGGGAUCCAGACUGAAACGCAAUAAUCCACUGGCAAGGGAAAUCUUCCGAAGGCGCUUUCGGCAAGUCUCUUACCAGGAGACCCCUGGACCAAGGGCAGCUCUUACCCAACUCCGGGAACUUUGCUGCCAGUGGUUGAGGCCACACGUGAGCACGAAGGAGCAGAUCCUGGAGCUGCUGGUGCUGGAGCAGUUCCUGACCAUCCUGCCUGAGGAGCUGCAGGGCUGGGUGAGGGAGCACUGUCCAGAGAGUGGGGAGGAGGCAGUGAUUUUGCUGGAGGAUCUGGAGAGAGAGCUGGAUGAACCACAACAUGAGAUGUUAGCCUACAGACAUGGACAAGACAUCCUCCCUGAAGAAACAGUGUCCCUAGGAGAGCAGAUGUCACUAGGCCUUCAGUCCCAGCCUAAGGAGACCCACCUCACAUGUGACCCUGCUCAAGAGCCCCACCCUGUUGGAGAGACAGACACAUUUCUGUUUGGCAAACCUGUUGUCAUCUCCCAGCUAACAGGAGGAGGAGAACCAUGCUCUAAGCACAGAGGAGUCCUAAGAGAUACCUAUCCAGCUGGAAUGACCACGACUGAGGACAGAGAGUUGGGGCUGAGAGAAGACUGUCCUAAGAGAGCAGAACCACAGGGGACACUAUCCUUCGGACAGACCUGGGAGGUAUCACACCAGUAUCCCCUACCUGGGGAAGUUGGUAAACUAAAGGGUGGGCUCAAGAGGCACUGGGGAACCCCAGGAGGAGGAGAUGGAUCACACAAAUGUGAUGAAUGUGGGAAGAGCUUUGCCCAGAGCUCAGGUCUCCUUCGACAUCAAAGAGUUCACACUGGAGAAAGACCCUAUGAAUGCAACGAGUGCGGGAAAACCUUCAGUCGGAGUUCAGGUCUCUUCAAUCACCGAGGAAUCCACAAUGUACAGAAACAGUACCACUGUCAGGAGUGUGGGAAGGCCUUCAGCCAGAGUGCGGGUCUCAUCCAGCAUCAGAGAAUCCACAAGGGAGAAAAGCCCUACCAGUGCAGCCAGUGUGGCAAGAGCUACAGCCGGCGUUCCUUUCUCACGGAGCAUCAGAGGAGCCACACUGGGGAGCGACCUCACCGCUGCAGCGGAUGCGGGAAAAGCUUCAAUCGCCACUGCAACCUCAUCCGCCAUCAGAAGAUCCACGUGGUGACGGCGCUGGUCUAGUCCUCGCUGCCUGCAGGUUUUCCUCAUCACUGGCCAGGUCGUGUGGGGUAGGUCAAGGUCAAGACUGCAGGCUGCCCUUCUUCCUGAGUCUGCUGAGUGUGUUUUGGUCCAGGGACAUCCAAAUAGGAAGGUUUGACUUUUUGAAGCUGCUGCUUUCUUUCCCUUCUGGUUCCUUCACCCCUUCCUGAUUCUGACCACCCCCACCCCUCUUAUUUUUUCUCUUUGAGAUGGCUGCUACACUUUCCUGGUAAUGUAAUUAAUGGCGCUGCUACAGCCAAUAUGCCUAAAAGAUUUGUAGCUGUGUUUAAUUCCUAACGAUCACAUAGAGCUCUGUGGGUGUUUUAUAAUAAAUGGGUCGUUGGUGUUCCCUGUGCCCAGUCCCUGCCUGGUAAAGAGUUUUUCUGCCUACAGCUUCCCUCUGGCACCUACAUGAUGCUCCUCUGGAAUAGCGACCAGCAUUGGCUGGGGCCUUCGCUGUUCGCCGAGUGCUUCCAUUGACUUAACCCCAGUUGCUCGUCGCAACAACUGCGCAGGGACAUGAGCAUUAUCAUGAUCCCAUUUUACAGAAGAGGAAUUGUAGAUUCAGAAAAUCCAAGCCUCAGAGCCAAGGCUGAAACCCUGGACUUUUAUUUUUAGUAAACUUUAAAUUCUGAAAUAAUUUUAGACUCAAAAAAGUUGCAAAGGUAGAUAGAUUUCUUUUAUGUCCUUCACCCAGCUUCCCCUAACGUUAACACUUUAUAUCAGGUCUUUUUAGUUGAACUCUUGGCUUUUGACACCGAAUCCCAAUUGUUUACAAUGGCAGACGUCACACUAGGAUUCUCAGAUUUCCUCGUUUAAGCUUAGCCACCUGAAGUUCCCUUAGUGCUUUCCCAUCACAUCUUCAGUGUUACAAAAAGUCAUCUGUAUCCUGAGUACAAGACAUCAGAGAAUUGGAUCACUAUCCAGAUAAGAUGCUUUAAAAACUACCAUCUUAAAUCUCCUGAAUCUUUCCCUUCUGUUGCUUGGCUUAGGUGUGGAGAAAAUUUUCCCUUCCUGUAUAGAUUGUUGGGGAAAUUUUCCUAGAGUUUCAAAAAUGAGUGAGAAAAUGUGUUAGCAGCAGCUCGAAGAAGAGUGAUGCAGUCUUGAGUGUUCUGCCCCCA